AUGAGCUCAGCCAUUCCUUCUCACCAGAUGGCUCAGGCCCCCACGCCUUAUAUCCCAUCAAGGGAUUCCAUGGACCGCCACGAUUAUGGCAUCACAAAGAACCGCAAGGCUUCAUCGACUGGCGGUGGACGUGCUUGGAGUGACGAGGAGGAGUCAUAUCUCAUCCAGACUCGACUCCAAAAGAUGCCUUACAAGUACAUUGCUGCCCACCUCAAGAAGACAGAGCUGGCAUGCCGUCUUCAUUACCACCAGCUUUCUCAUGGCAGCAACAGACGCAACAAGCGUGCUGCCUCUGUCUCAUCGGGUGCCUCGAUGGAAAUCUCUCAGACUCACAACGUGAACAUCCCAAGCCCAGCACGCGAGACUGUCUCUCGCUCCGCCUCGCCCGGUGGAAGCAUGCGAAGCUACAGCCCUCCUCCCUACAACACCAGCAACAACUCUAGCCACAUCCAACUCCCCAGCAUUGUUGGCCCCAGUGAGGUGCCCAGAUUACCAUCAAUCCUCCCCAAGCCUACUGGCAUGCCGCUCCCUCCUCCUGCUUCCCACCAGUCAUAUAACACGCCCGCUGUCGACGUUCCAGUGCAGAUGCCCCAUGCUUCUUUCCACCGAGCAGCAUCUUAUCCUAGGACAACGCCUCCUCUGCGCCUUGAUUGUUCAGUUGCUCCCACACCUGCAGUUGUGCCUUCGCCUCCCGCUCACAACGCCUCGCAUGUCGAUCUUUCCCGCCUUCACUCCAUCUACUCUUCCCACCGCUCCUCAUUCUGGUCCACCAUCGCCAACGAGUAUGGACCGUCGGCGUCUCCCAGUGUCCUGGAGCAGGCUUGGAAGACUGGCACUUGCUGCAGCCCCUCGUCUCUGACACCCAUCACUCCCACUUCCAGCCCAGGGCAGGCCGAGAAGGACGCACAGAACCAGACCUAUCAAAAGGGACAUGACAAGACACGGAUCUCAUCAAUCCUCGGCAUUGAUGCUGACCCUCGCACCGCUCGCGAUCGGGAUAUUGUGAGACGGCUGGAAGAGGAGCGUUUCGGUAUGAUGCAGACCGCUCACUGA